UCAAAUCCCUUUGUCCGGUUUCCAUCCAAAACCUAAUUAUCAUCUAACAAUGGAGAAUGGUCGCCGUGUGACUUUUGAUUCCACAAAGGAUAUUCAAUCCCCACGUUUCCGGGCGAUUAUACGUGCGACGAGUGGUCGCCGGAGGAGAGCUACUGACAUUAAGAGCUUCUCCCAUGAGUUGAACGGAAAUGGCCCCCGGCACCGUCCUAUCUCAAAGCUCAGUGGUCUGGGUAGCACUGAAGAAUUUUUGAAAGCUAUUCGAAUGAAGUUUAAUCGCUUAAAGAAAGAUGUGGAUUCAGAACUAGCUAUAUAUGCCGGUGAUCUUGUAGGCUUUCUUGAAAAAUCAAUGAAAGAACACCCAGAGUGGAGAGUCCCGAUAGAGGAUCUCUUAGUCACAUCCCAACAAUGUGCAGAGAUGUCCCCGGAUGAUUUCUGGGAGAAGUGUGAGGAUAUCGUUCAGAAUUUGGAUGAUCGUCGCCAAGAAUUGCCGACAGGGCCAUUGAAGCAAGUUCAUACUCGCAUUCUUUUCAUCCUCACUCGAUGCACUCGUUUGUUGAAUUUUCAAAAGGAAGGGGUCUAUGAUGGAGAUCAUUUUCUUGGUUUUCAUCAAUUCAGUGACUUGGGGGUUUAUCCAACAAAUUCUGGCAGAAUGCUGAAGAGCUUGUUGAGUUCUGGUGAUUUCAAAGAGAGGCUUAUGAGGCGAAGGAUUCAUGAGCAUGAAAUUAGUGCCUCUGGUUCACCUUCAAGGAGAUCUAGAAUAUCUUCCUGGAAGAAACUCCCAUCUGCUGCUGAGAAGAAUCAGAAGAAAGAGAAUAAAUAUGAUGGUGCUCCGUCAAGAGAGGUUCUAGAGUCAUUUCUUCGUGCAGAUCAAGUUAUAGUGGGUUUGAAUGAUAAUACUGGCAUCCUUGAUGUCUCUUCUAAAAUUCUAGACAAGCCGAUAGAUCCAUCUUUAGAAGGCCAAGAAGCUCCUGGUGCUGAACAUGAAACAAGUGAUGGGAAAAUGAAGAUGAUUUGCAGAAUUUGUGAUUUUGAGAUACCAACUGUAAAUGCAGAAAGUCACUUUGGAGUUUGCACCUUCGCAGAUAGGUGUGACAUGAAAGGGUUGAGUGUAGAUCAGCGUCUGGAGAGAGUUGCAGAUAUUCUUGAAAAAAUCUUGGAAUGUUGGCUUUCCAAAUGUUCAGAUAAUGCAGCAACCUGCCUCGAAGAUGGGCGAGCCAGUACCUCUACUACUACCGAAGAGUCUGAUUUAACAGCAGAUCAAAAUAUUCUAUCUUGCCCACCUUCCACCAAUGCAGUGGAAUACAUUGCAGAAGCUAUUGGGUCUGCUACUACAAGGGAUAUCAAUGAUAUUCCUUCGAUGUGGCUGAAUACAAAUUCAACAACUCUAGAUCAAGGACUGAUGGUUCUAUCAUCUGGAAGUGCCACGCCUAAUUCUCCAUUGCCAACACCAGACAGCAGCCAGAUUAACUUUCUACUCAGUGGAGCGUGUGCAUUGUCUGAGCAUGAAAAUGCUCAACAGAUUCAGAGUUUACUGAAUAUUGUGCGUAACAUCAUUAGUGUGACUUCCAUAGACUACAGCUCAUUAGAGUACUUGAGUUCCUACCUUGAAGACCUAAAUAAUGUUAUCGAUAAUAGGAAGGUCGAUGCCCUUGUUGUUGAAACAUUUGGAAGACGGAUCGAAGUGCUACUGCAGGAAAAAUUUGUUCAUCUGUGUGGGCAAAUAGACGAUGGAUAUAAUGAUUCACCUUAUUUAAUGCAUGAUGAUGAUGGUUCUUUGGAAACUGAUUCAUCUUGUAGUUCAAAAACUAGUGGUAGAAAACUUAAAGACCGAACUUCUAUCGAAGAUUUUGAAAUAAUUAAGCCAAUCAGUCGAGGAGCUUUUGGACGAGUUUUUCUUGCAAAGAAAAGAAUAACAGGUGACUUUUUUGCCAUAAAGGUGCUUAAAAAAGCUGAUAUGAUCCGAAAGAAUGCAGUGGAAAGUACACUGGCUGAACGGAACAUUCUAAUAUCAGUUCGCAAUCCUUUUGUGGUUCGGUUUUUUUAUUCAUUUACAUGCAAAGAGAACCUUUAUCUGGUUAUGGAGUACCUGAAUGGAGGAGACCUCUAUUCUUUGUUGAGAAAUUUAGGUUGUCUGGAUGAAGAAAUGGCAAGGACUUAUAUAGCUGAACUAGUACUUGCUUUGGAGUAUUUGCAUUCAGUGAAUGUGAUUCAUCGAGAUCUGAAGCCAGAUAAUUUGUUGAUUUCUUGUGACGGUCAUAUCAAGUUGACAGAUUUUGGCCUAUCUAAAGUUGGGCUUAUCAAUAGCACAGAUGAUUUAUCUGGUCCAGAUGUUAGCAGUUCAAUUCUUGCAGGUGAUCAUGAACCAAUGCCAGCUAGUAUACGAGCAGAAAAACGAGACCAAAGGCAAAAACAAUCAGCUAUUGGCACUCCUGAUUAUUUGGCACCAGAGAUUCUAUUAGGAAUGCAGCAUGGUCCAACUGCAGAUUGGUGGUCUGUAGGUAUCAUUCUUUAUGAGCUGCUUGUGGGUAUCCCACCAUUCAAUGCAGAACAUCCACAGAAAAUUUUUGACAACAUAAUGAACCGUGACAUUCCAUGGCCCAAAGUCCCUGAAGAGAUGAGCUAUGAAGCACACGACGUGAUUGACAAAUUACUGAUGGAGAACCCUGUGCAAAGACUCGGUGCAACCGGUGCUGGAGAGGUGAAAAGACAUCCUUUCUUUGCAAAUGUAAACUGGGAUAUGCUUAGCAGGAAGAAGGCUACAUUUAUUCCCUCACCAGAUGGCAAUGAUGACACAAGUUAUUUUGCAUGUCGCCAUACGUGGAAUGCAACGGAUGAUCUUAUUCAUGCUCCACCUAAUGAUGAUGAUUGUACAACUGAUACAAGCUGUUGUAGUAGCCCUCCCAGUACUGAUCAGGAUGAGGAUGGAGAUGAAUGCAGCCAAUUGGCAGGCUUUGAAGGCCCCAACCUUUACCCAACCUAUUCAUUCAGUAACUUCUCAUUUAAGAACUUGUCUCAAUUAGCUUCGAUCAAUUACGAUCUAAUAACCAAAUCUAGCAAAGAUUCAUCCGAAGCUUCUCAUCCCUGAUACUACAUUUACUAACACUUUUGCUGCGACAACUGCAUGUUCCUGCAUUUAUGUGAAUAUAUCUGCUAAAUGCUUGUGUUUCAUAUACCAAAAGAAGCCAAUUUUGCCGACACAUUAUCGCAAAGGACUGAACUCAACUCUAAAGUGCAGUUAUUCAAGUAAUGCAGAAUGACCUCUGAAGAAUUUAAAACUGAAAUCUAUUACUGCAAGAACAUGAAAGCCGAAUUCCGGUUUUCUGCAGGCAAUUGAACUUCUUCUGAACAGGGGCUUCGAAUCAGACUCAUCCAAUUGAUUUAUUUUCACUUAAAUUUUUGUUUUUGUAAACAUACAUGGGUUGUGAGUUAAUGUAUUUGAUCCAAAUUACUAAGUAGUUAAAAAAAUAAAAUAAAAUUUGUUCUGGUGCA